AUGAAUCCACUCUUUAAUCAACAAAAUGAUAUCAACACUAUAACUAAAGAACUUAAGAAAUCGCUGCUUUCAUUUACCAAUAGACUACAGUCGAUCAUUCACGACGCGAAAUUUGCCAAUCUCGUUAAACAAGAACUACAGUUACCUUUGGUCGCAAAUGAACGAUGUGGGCUAUGGUACGUUCCACCGGCUCAUCGAGAUGAAUCCUGUUACUUUAAAUCCACUGACGGGCACACCAACGUGUGGUCAUUUUCACUACGGCGAUUGAAUUUGCAUCUUUUACCAAUAAUCAAUGCAAAUGGAGGAAUCCUGAUUGUCGAUUCAACAAGACGAGGAAAGCCCAUGCCCGAUGCAUUAUUGAAGACGAUUCCUAUAUGGUGUGCUGUUGUAAAUACUCUUUUGUUUGGUGAGUCGCCAAAGGGAAGUUGGUUACGAACUCCCCUGAUUGUACCACGAAGUGAACACAAUUCGAUUGAGAAGUUGAUACCAGAAUUUGUUGAGAAUGUCGAGGACUUGGGCUUGAUCAAUAAAGACACUCAUAAGCUAGACAAACCGUUGAUUCCAAGGUUCUUCUACCCCGGCUGUCCUAGUGAGGAGUUGCUGGACGAUGAAUUCAACGUAUGCUGUGUGUCAGUGUCAAAACAAGUCCCCGUGCACAAGACAAUCACAACUAAAGGCGAUGAUGGAACAACAGUUACCUUUGAUUACGUUCAAGGUUCGGCCGAUGAUCACGAGCUAUGGGUACCCAAGUCCUUGGUUGGUUUUGGUGCUGAUCAAUUCUGGUCGGUCAUCGAUCAAGUAAUUGACUCGUCAACAGGGUAUAUACCAUCAUGGAGAAGCGAUGAUGAGUUGGUGGAUAUUAUACAAAACCUGCUGAAAAGUGAUACUUCAUCAGUCUUGACGGUGCAAGCAGUUGGUGAGACUGGUAUCUACUUUGGCUCAAUAACGAACGAUGUACCUUUUGAUGGUCUUCCAUUCAACACAAUUGUGCUACAUGACAGUGUCAAAGUGUUGGACAAGGAUGACAAUUCCAGCAAACAAGUUCUUCAAUACCCCAUCCCCAGCACCAAAAAAGGAUCAAACAUGCUUCGCUCAUUGAUGUCGGGGAUCAUCGCAAAGAUUGAUUUACAAUCGCCAAUCUUGAUAUUGUGUAGUACUGGUAAAGAUUUAAGUGUUGGCUUAGUCUUGACUUUGCUUUGUCUUUACUUCAACCUUGAUUGGGAAAGAGUUGAUCACACUCCACCAAUCAACAAACUGUUGAUCAAGCAACAUUUGGGCAAGCUAUCCAAUUUGUACAAAAUAAAUCCGCAGCGAAGCACAUUACAAAGCAUCAACAGUUAUUUAUUUACUCAAAAUACAUAA